ACAAAUUUGACCGAGAGAGCAACUGUGUCAUAGGCAGCUAAAAACAUCCGUGCCGGCUUUUUCCUUUGGUUUCAACUUUUUAGUUUGGCGUGAACACUGAGACCGGGGUCAUCUGUUCUUUUAAGAUAAGUCCCAUUUCAUUCCUUCCAACAACACCACUGAUGAUGGGGUGAUUGUGCUCCUUCUACUCAACCUCACCGACAACAGUAAGAAGUCAGCUCAUCCUCCUGAUGUCAGAAGAUUCAGACUCCAAGCACUACUGCUUCUCAGUACUGGAGGACCAAGAUGGAGCUUCAGGCAGCCAAGCGUCCACUUCGUGCUGCUCCGUACCGAGGGGGCCUACUGGCUGCAGCUCUAUGGUGCAGCUGCAGCGGAUGAGCAGCUACGGCCAAAGGGGGCCCGAGCUGGGCCUGCCGUCGGAGGGCAGCGACAGUAGUGGCCAGGACCCUCCUCUCGCCGGGUCGCACAAGCUUUGCAAGAGCUCUCGAGCCUCCUCCCUAGCGGAGGAAGAUGUGGCGUUUAAGAGCAGCGGGUCCAGCGGCAGCGGGACCGAGUCGCACGGCAAUGAGAGCAACGGUCACGAGUCCAUGGGCAGCUCCAACAGUAACAAAGAUUCCGCUUUGCUGGAGUCUUCUGGAAGCAAUAAGAGCUCAAACUCCCACAGCUCAUCUCCCCCCAGUAGUUCAAAUGCCUUCAGUUUGCUCAGCUCUGAGCAGGACAACCCUUCAACCAGCGGCUGCAGUAGUCAAGAGUCGGCCAAAGCCAAGACUCAAAAGGAAGUGCUGAAGACCCUGAAAGAGCUGAAGCUGUACCUGCCUGCCGAGAAAAGGCAUGGCAGCAAGUCCACCACGUUGAAUACACUCAAAUACGCCCUGCACUGCGUCAAGCAGGUGGAAGCCAAUGAGGAGUACUACCAGCUGCUGAUGACCAAUGACAGUCAACCUUCCGGCCUGGAUGCAUCGUCGUAUACCAUCGAGGAGAUAGACAGCAUAACAUCUGAAUACACUCUCAAAAAUAAUGACAUUUUCGCGGUGGCCGUGUCUCUCAUCACGGGAAAGAUUGUGUACAUCUCCGACCAGGCCGCCUCCAUCCUUAACUGCAAAAGGGACGUGUUCAACAACAGCAAGUUUGUGGAGUUUCUCAUCCCACAGGAUGUCAGCGUGUUCUACAGCUUCACUACGCCGUAUCGCUUGCCCUCCUGGAGCAUGUGCACUGGAGCUGACUCGUCGCCGUCUGACUGCAUGCAGGAGAAGUCCUUCUUCUGCCGUAUCAGUGGAGGUAAAGAGUCCAAGGGCGACCUACAGUACUAUCCUUUCCGAAUGACUCCGUACCUGAUGAAGGUCCAAGUCGCAGCACAUGCCCAGGACCAGUUCUGCUGCCUCCUCCUGGCCGAGAGGGUUCCCUCCGGUUAUGACGCACCCCGGAUUCCAACAGACAAGCGCGUUUUCACUACGACACAUUCUCCAAGUUGCGUGUUCCAGGAUGUGGAUGAACGAGCAGUUCCUCUCCUGGGUUACCUCCCCCAGGACCUGAUUGGCACACCGGUCCUCCUCCACUUGCAUCCUAACGACAGACCCAUUAUGCUGGCCAUUCACAGAAAGAUCAUCCAAUAUGCAGGGCAGCCGUUCGACCACUCAAUACGAUUCUGCACACGCAACGGAGAGUACAUCAUCCUGGAUACCAGCUGGUCCAGCUUCGUCAACCCCUGGAGCCGCAAAGUUUCCUUUGUGAUCGGGAGACACAAAGUGCGGAUGGGCCCCGUAAAUGAAGACAUAUUCAAGGCCCCUCUCUCUGCUGGAGCCAACACAAAGAUCAUGGACUCGGACAUCCAGGAAAUCACUGAGCAGAUCCACCGGCUCCUCCUCCGGCCGGUUUAUAACGGUGGGUCCAGUGGCUACAGGAGUCUAAACAGCACCGACCACCUCCUGGGUAUGACCUCCUCUAGCGAAAGCCUUAACAAAGGGAGCAAAUUCCAUCAAAAGGACGAUGACGAGGAGGAAGACGUGAGCAGCAAAGCCCGGCCAAGAACUUUCCAGGAAAUCUGUAAGGGAAUCCAUCUCCAGAAGCACCAGGAACAGUGCAAGAAAAUUAAUAGCGAUUCUGCCCAGAAGAGACUCCGUACCAAGGACUUGUCCACCCUCCUGAGCCUGAAGGAAAGCGCCACGCCGAUGGAGGAAAGCAGGUCUUCUUCCCACGAGGAGAUGCCGCUCAACGACCAGACUGUCUAUUCCUACCAGCAGAUCAGUUGUCUGGACAGUGUUGUCAGGUACUUGGAGAAUUGCAAUGUCCCCUUCGCUCUGAAGAGAAAAUACCAAUCCUCCAGUAACACCACGCCGUCUGAGGACAAAUGCAAAAUCGGCACCACAAUGCAAGCUUCUCGAGAGAUCACAGAGGAUGUGUCAGGGGCGAGCGAGGCAGCAGAGUGCAGCCACAACCCGGAACAGGGGGCUCCGUCUUGGGCCGUUUCGCCUCGGGACCAAGAAAGGGAGUCAUACAGAAAACUGGGUUUGACCAAGCAGGUUUUGGCAGCCCACACGCAGAAGGAGGAGCAGGCCUUCUUGUUUCGCUUCAAGGAACUUCCCAGGCUCACUGCCCUCAAAGCCAACUGCUCGCAGUAUUUGGAGCGCCAGAGGGAAAAGAAGAGCAACAACGCUGCCCAGCGUGGGAAGCAAAGCAAUCCUGGGGCUGAGCCCAACAUGGCACGGCGCGGUGUGCGCAACAAGAAGACCAAAUCCAAGCGAGCCAAGCAGACAGAGUCCUCGGACAGCACCGCAUCUUAUCCGAGACACCACCAAAUGCGAGGCCCCCCCCUUAACCAAGGCCUUAACCCCACGUCCUGGUCCGCUUCCGACACAUCCCAGUCCAUUUUCCCCGUAGCCUACCCUGGCUACCCUCUCCAGGUUGUCCCCAGAGACACUCCUGUAGUGCCCCGUUUGCACGCCCCUCUGCAAGGCUUUGGUGACAAUCAUGGGGAUCCUCCUUGCCCACCAGAGGUCCCUCAUUCCCCCUACACCACACCGAUGGUUGCCCCCAUCAUGGCUCUGGUGCUGCCUAACUACUGUUACCCACCCCUGAGUGCCGGGCCUCCACAACCGGCGUACCACCCAGAGACUGCCAGUUUCCCCAUCCAGGUCCAACCUUACGCCCACCCCACCAUUCCAGGACCGGCAACCUUAAUGACUCAAGCCCCGUUCAACCCCCAGAGCCCCUUUACCCCUCAAGUGGACUAUUUGGCGUCGUCAUUCUACUUCCCCCCGAUGACUUCGGAAGCCCUCAAGGCCCCGGAGGGGGGCCAGUCUCGUGCCUCCACGCCGCAGUCCGCUUCGCUGCCGCUGUUUCAGUCCCGCUGCAGUUCGCCUCUGAACCUCCUGGAGUUGGAGCUUACUGGGGACCGACAGGAUGGCACGACAUUGCCCCCCGGAGGACAAGGCGGCAACGCGGCCGAGCGCGAGAAAGCGGCAGUUGGGGGCAAAGCCAAAGAGCUGAAUCAGCCAUCGCUCAGUCUCCUUGGUCCACCUGGACCGUUGUAUUACGAGGGCACGAUCCAUGUCUGUGAGCGUUUGUCUUGGAAUAAAGGCAUAUUCUCUUCUAGGCUGAGGGCUUACAGCAGCGAGGCAAGCUCUCGCGGCGACGGCAACAAUAGCGACGACAACUCGUCCUCCAGCGAUAUGCUGGACAUCAUCCUGCAGGAGGACUCGUGUUCGGGCACCGGCUCGGCUACCUCAGAGUCCAUGCGCUCUCGCUCCAACGGCUGCGGGACUUCAGCCAGCGGGACGUCCAACAGCAGGACGUCCAACAGUGGAGCUUCGGCGAGCAGGAUCUCCGGAAGUGGGACGGGUAGCAACAGCAGCAAAUACUUUGGCAGCGUGGACUCGUCGCAGAACAGCCAGAAGGCGAAAGGUCACUCGAGCAGCAGCGAGAUGGAGCAGAGCGAGCGCUUCGUCAACUGCGUCCUCCGGGACCCCGUGUGGCUCCUGAUGGCCAAGGCGGACGACGAAGUCAUGAUGACCUAUCAGCUACCCUCGCGCGACAUCCAGAAGGUUCUCAAGGAGGACCGUGAGAAGCUGAGGCUGAUGGAGAAGAGCCAGCCGAGGUUCACGGAGGAGCAGAAGAAGGAGCUGAUGCAGGUGCACCCCUGGAUGAAGAAGGGAGGGCUCCCCAAGGUCCUCGAUGUCAAGGUGUGCUCCUGUUGUGACGGCGCCAUCCACGCGCCGAACACGGACGACCUGCCGGACUUGGAUCUGGUCAAGAACGAUCCCGUGGUGGAGGCGGGCUGCCAAAGGACCCCCAAAGAGGAUCCCUCCUUUUUCAUUCCAAAAUAAGUCUCUGCUUCUUGCUGUUAAGACUUUGAAUGCCUCAUCAUUUUUGUACUGUUGUUUUUUUUAAAACCCUCCUCUUAUG